AUGGCUCAGAAACAAAAACGCUCGAGAGCCGAGCAAGCACGGCAAUUUCUCCAGGGCGGUGGUGUAUUGCGAGAGGACUCGGACGAUGAGCUAGGCACUGAGGAUCUNCCCUGGGAAUGGAUAUAUGGACCCAACAAGACCAUCAUUGGUGCCCAGAUGGGCGAUUUCAAAUGCCACAUAGGAGACACUGUCCUUCUCAAAGCUGCCGGAAACGAAGCUUGGGUGGCCAUCAUCCAAGACUUUGCAGAGGGCGAGAUUGAAGACGAUGAUGGCGAAAUGAUCAAUGACAUGAAAGCCUCUUUCUUGUGGUUUUCGUCCGAAAAGGAGAUUGUCAACAAGAACAAGAAGAGACAAGACUUCCUGGAAAAUGAAUUGUACAUCACCACUGGUCUGGACGAAAACUCAUUGAAAACCAUCAAUGGCAAGGCUACCGUUCUUUCUGAGGAGGGCUUCAACUCGAGAUAUCCGAACGGCAAGAUCCCGAAAGGCUCUAGAGAUCACGGGAAAGUUUUUAUCUGUCGACGAGGCUGCAACACUCGCACGACCACCUACACCGAGGAGUUCCUCUGGGAGGAUGUGUAUCGUGGAGUUGAGGAUCUGCAGUCCCUAUGCGAAUUGGUCGACAGCCAAACUGUACGAACCCGCAAGCGCAAGUCAACCGUCAGAGCAACCACGCCAGGAGAUCUGGAUGAAUUUGUGAUUCCUGACGACGAAGACGGUGAGACGGCCACACCACGGAAACGAAGAAAGUUGACUUCUGCUACACCGACCUCCAGGAGCAAGCAUCCUGCACCUCGCAAACUCACCACUCCCACCCAUCGCCGCAUCAUCGCCAAAAGACCUCUUGAGUUUACACCUCUGGGUACUCGUAUGCUCUCACCUUCUCACACAACUGCUUCCCCUCACCAACUUGCCCGAAGCACACUGCAUGUAUCUGCUGUGCCAAAUGCACUUCCCUGCCGUGAAGACGAGUUCGGCGAAGUCUAUUCACAUUUGGAGACCGCCAUCUCGGCUGGUACAGGAUCUUGCAUUUACAUCUCUGGUACUCCGGGUACGGGCAAGACUGCCACGGUACGAGAGGUGGUGGCCGCACUUAACAUAGCCGUAUCUGCCGACGAACUCGACGACUUUGUAUUUGUCGAGAUCAACGGCAUGAAAGUCACUGAUCCACACCAAUCAUACUCCCUACUUUGGGAGGCACUCAAGGGCCAACGUGUCAGCGCCACACAUGCUCUCGAAUUGCUAGAACGCGAGUUCAGCACACCGAGUCCGAGAAGAGUACCUUGCGUCGUGCUGAUGGAUGAGCUCGAUCAGCUCGUCACAAAGUCGCAAGGUGUCAUGUACAACUUUUUCAAUUGGCCCCAACUACGGCAUUCGCGUCUUAUCGUGCUGGCUGUAGCGAAUACCAUGGAUCUGCCCGAACGCACACUCAGCAACAAGAUCAGUUCGCGGUUAGGACUCACGCGGAUAACAUUCCCUGGCUACACACAUCAGCAACUCAUCAAGAUUAUCGAGAGCAGACUCGAAGGCAUAGGACAAGUGGUGGUUGAACCCGAUGCCGUGCAAUUCGCCAGCAGAAAAGUAGCAGCUGUGUCAGGAGAUGCACGUCGCGCCCUCGAUAUUUGCCGUCGCGCAGUAGAGAUCGCCGAAUCAGACAAGGCAGCCGCCGAUAAAGCAGCACUGGAAACACUAACCGAAGAGCCUAGUGACGAGACAACAACGAUAGCGCCAGCAAAAGCGGCAGCGAUGAAGAAAGGCGUCGUGACCAUCUCCACCAUCAAACGUGCCAUCAACGAAGCUACUUCUACGCCGUUGGCCUCUUACCUGCGUUCCCUGCCUCUGGCCUCGAAACUCUUCCUCGCGGCUCUUCUAGGCCGUAUCCGCAGAACUGGGCUGACGGAAAGUACACUCGGCGACAUCAUCGACGAAGCAGCUCGCAUGGCAGCUUUAUCGUCUUUGGUCCCUCUGCAUGACAUCUUGCUUGCACCUGAUACCUUCCAGCCCAUCCCUUCUCUGACCGGAGUCUCUACGCCUGGCAAAAGAGGGAGAGUGGCUGGAAAGAAAAGAGGCAAAGUAGCGAGGUUAAGGGGUAUGGGUGUUGCGGCGGAAGAGUUGGCAGAGGCGGGUAUUGUGGGGUUAGAGGUGAGGAGGGGUGAGAGGGUUGGUAGAGUGAGGUUGGGUGUUGGUGAAGAGGAGAUCAGGGGUGCUCUAAGAGAGGAUGAGGAGUGUAGGGGUCUUGGAUUUAAUGGUUAG